CUUUCCUAAAAGUCUCUCCUUUCGAGCAAAGACGGUGCCCCAUUACGGCUCAUCGCCCAAUCUAUCCUCUCCUCGACUCAUAUUUCAGGUAUUUUUUAGAACCCUAAUUUCCUUCUGUUCAAUUCAAUUAGUAGAAAUCUCUAGUUUCAAAAACAAUCAUGAAACUCUCGUUUUCUCUCAAUUCCAAAUCAAACCCUAAACCUAGAUUUAAUCAAGAAGCAGAGAAAUCAAAUGAUACCAGACACGAGUUUGUUACUGAAUUUGAUCCAACAAAACCCAUAGAUGAUAAACGAAACAAAACCAUUAUCCCUCCACUGGAAAACUCAUGGAAACGUACAAAUAAGAUGAAAAAUCUUGAAAGUCUGACAAAAGCUUCUGCUACUGAUGAUCCUGAAACUCGGUUCGAACUAGAAGCAGCUCCAACUACAGCUGAAGUUGGAGAUCAGGGUUUCAAAUAUGGAUUAACUCUAAGAAAAAAGGAGGAUGAUGAAAACGGUGAUGUUAUGGUUGAGGAUAAUGGUGCUAAAUCUGGAGGUGUCGUUACUAGUUCUAUUGAAAAUUUGAUGCUGAAGAAAUAUAAAGAGGAUAUGGAGAAUUUGCCUGAGGAUCGUGGAUUUGAUGAGUUUAUCGAUUGCCCUGUUGAGGGUUAUGGUGAGGCUUUACUUGCUGGGUAUGGGUGGAAGAAAGGACAAGGGAUUGGAAAGAACGCAAAGGAAGAUGUUCAAGUUGUUCAAUAUGUGAGAAGAGCUGGAAGAGAAGGGUUAGGUUAUGAACCUGAAAUUAAUGAUAAGAAGAAAAACGGGCGUCCUCUGCUUGUUGCUCCCAAAGGCAAAGAUGGACGGACUCGACAUGUUGUUGGUAUCGAUGAGAAGCUCGUAGCAGCAGAACCCAAAGGAAUUUUCGUGGGCAGAAUUGUUAGGGUUGUUAAUGGGAGGCAUGUGGGUUUGAAGGGAAAGGUUGUUAAGAUAUUAGAUGAUUCUGAAUCUACUAGGGUUAUUUUGAUGCUAUUAAGGAGUGAAACAGAAGUUACGGUGAGAGAAGCUGAAGUUGCAGAGUUGGGUUCAUUGGAAGAGGAAAAUUGUUUAAAGAAGUUGCAAGAGUCGAAGACUCGGGGACCAAAAGAUGAUAAAAGACGUGAUGACAGGAGGAGGGAUUCCUCGAGUAAUGGAGGUAGAGAAAUAAGGGAUUUGGGAAGUAGCGAUACUAGGGAGGUGAAAAAGAGGAAAACUGAAGGAGAAACACGAAAUGCAGCCAAACAUGAUAAUAGUGAAUUGAGCCAGAGAGGAAAAGAGAGGGAUGAACCGUCUUGGCUGAUUAGUCACAUUAGAGUUAGAGUAGUCUGCAAGAAAUUUAAAGGAGGGAAACUGUAUCUGAAGAAGGGAGAAAUAGUUGAUGUUGUUGACCGAAAUGUAUGUGAUAUUGCAAUGGACGAUAGCAAAGAGGUUAUUCAGGGUGUGAAGCAGGACAUCCUUGAGACAGUGAUUCCAAGGCGUGGGGGUCCAGUUUUAAUUCUUUAUGGAAGACACAAGGGGGUCUUUGGGAAUCUUAUGGAAAGGGAUACAGAGAAAGAAACUGGUGUUGUUCGAGAUGCAGAUAAUCACGAGUUACUCAAUGUUCGCCUUGAACAAAUUGCAGAGUACAUUGGAGAUCCGAGUCAUUUAGGAUAUUGAUCUUCCUUGACCAAGGGGAAAUGCCGAUUUCUCUAAGGACUGCUUCCAACUCUUGAUGAAGGUGAGGAUGAAUUGGUCAGCAACAGGGAAACAUCCUUCUCAGAAUGCUAUAACAAAUGCAUCUGGACAAAGAAUGUACCCUUCAAAAUCCAAUUCUUCAUGUGGUUAGCAGUCCAAAAUGCAAUCCCAACGGUGGAAAUCUCAACCAAAGGGGGUGUGGACUCACCAACACUAAUUGCUGCGUUUGUUCUACUCACCAAGAAACUAUUGAUCAUCUAUUACUACAUUGCAGUCAUACAAGGAAAAUAUGGGAUUAUUUCGUAAGCAGUUAGAAGGUAAAUUGGAACUAUCCAAACUCUUUGCGAGAUCAGCCCGAAGCUUGGAAUGACCCUAAAGAAAAAUUCACGGGUCUUCAAAUCUGGCCAACACUACUAUUCGCCAGUUGUUGGACAUUAUGGAGGGAAGGAAGCAAGGUCUGGCAAAUGGCAGGGGCAGAGAUCUUAACACUGUCGUAAAUGGCAAAUGGCAGGGGCAGAGAUCUUAACAGUUUCAUAAACGAAGUUGAAGGCAUUGUUAUAUCUCUGGGGUUUAUGGACCUGGCUGAUUCAAUUCAAUCACUUUUUAGGGAGUUAUCAGCUCUUUGGGAUGUAAUUUUAGCGUAAUGAUUUUUCUUUUAAUAAAGAAGAACUUCAGAAAGUAAAA